GUGCCACAGAGUUGCUCUCUCUGCUCAAUGUAGUCAGGUUGGGUGGUAAGAGGGGAAUGUAUAGCAGAGACGAUGGGUCUUACAGAGUGUGGGAGAUGAGAGUGUGAGGGUUUUUUACGAACAAGAGUGCGGAGCACGAGUGUGUGUGUGUGUGUGUGUGUGUGAAUAUCCGUGGGGGUGAGCUUCUCCUGUGUCACAUUCCAGCUUCCAGGGCUCGAUCCCUGCCUGCUGAGAGACGAACCUGGAAAACUUUGGAAAAUCAUUCUUGGAAAACUGAUUGGAAGCUGGAAAGUCUUUUAAAACCAUCCCUAUAUCUCUUUGUGACUUCACAUUGUUGCUGUAGGAGUGACUCCCCCUUCUGCUGCUGUUAUAUUUGGGUCUCUGGGUCUUUGGAUAGUGGUCUCACUGGAGCCGCGCUGAUGCUCUCUGGAUUACUACGGCAGAGGAGAGGAGGGGAGAGAACAUGGAACUUUAAACGUGUUUCGUUGGAAGGGAUUUACAAUCUGGAUCAUGGAAAUUGACAGAGAAGACUGCUGUCCUGUUCUCGGCUGAGGGGACCAGUGCAUAUUUCAUAGAAGACAGAGAGAGAAAAGAGAGAACCCAGUACAGACUUUAUGGAAGGGGGUAGCCAGAAUUGUUUCCAUAAAACCAUACAGAAUUGAAGACCACAGUCAGCCAAGUCUGACUUAUACACAGAAGAUAUGAACCUUGGCCUCUCUCAUGCCAGAGAGAGACAGUUAGUGACAUCAUCAUGAAUGCCCCGCCCACAGGAAGCCCCAGCCAAAGUAUGGAGGUGAAGGUGGUCUCCCAGGAGAUGGCUUUGUUUAGCAACGCCCUGGCAGCCUACACCUUCAUAGCAGACCAGCCUGAGCGAGUAACUCUGGUGUUUGUUAGUGGUGUGUGUGUGGGUCUCCUCCUCACCCUCUGUGCCCUCGUGGUCCAGAUACACUGUCGCACUGACUGUCACUACAGUAACCGACGACGACAUCACCAUCAGCAUAGCAACAGGCAUCACCACCAUCACCAUGGGGACCAUCCCUGUCACCACCAUCCCCAACCUGGCAACCCUAACACAAGCAAUCCCGGCGUAGCCACAGAGACGAGCAGAGACAGCGAAUCAGUGGAGUGGGACGACGGGACUUCUGACCUAUCGGCUCGACGACGGAGGCGAUUUGAGAGAACGCUGCUGCACACUAGCAUGUUCACAUCCAUAGAAGAGUUGGAGCGAGCUCAGAGGGUUGAGGAGAGAGAGAGGAUCAUACAAGAGAUCUGGAUGAACGGACAUCCCGACGUCAACACUGUCACACGCAGCCUCAACCGAUACUACUGACAGGGACAGAGAAAACAGGGCGAAAAGGAGAUGGAUAGACAGACAAAACGGACAAAGAGGAAGGAUAAUAUACACUUUCAGACAAGGUCGCAUCGAGAGGCUCGUGAAGCACAGGUGUGGACAGGACUGUUAGCCAGGGUGAGUGGGUACAAUGACACUGGGCCACAGAACCAUGGGUGUGUCUGAGGACACCAGACUGAUGUCACGACAGGUUAUGAAUCCGGGUCCCCCAUUGGAGAAACCAACGUCUUGACCAGUAGACCAAGAGCAA